GUAGAAGUUAGUUCGAAAUUUAGGUUUGGCGGAAAUUGAAAUUGACGCGUUCGGUUAGAGUUUGGCGGAAGAACGUGUUAAGUUUUUGAAAUGAAAUUGAAGAGUUUGGCGGAAGGCACAUGUAAUGAAAUUGAAGUUCGGUUUGAUCAGUUGGGCGCCUAUAAAUCAAGUUUCUGCAUGCAUCGGAGGUUAAGAUCGACACCUGUGCUGUUCUUGUUCAUUCUUGUGUUGAAAUGGUAGCCCAUCCGUUGUUGUUUUUAAUGGAAAUGCUGGCAAUCAUAUUGAUUUUGUACUCAAGUUUUGUGUUCGCAAAGCUUGAUACGCAAGAAGGGGAGGUACUCAAAGAAAUUUUGGAAAAGUUAGGGAUGGGAGAAUGGAGUUUUGGCAAGGAUCCUUGCAGCAGCAGAGUGAAUCCAAAAGUUAGGGAUGGGAGAAUGGAGGUAUAUACAAGGUUGUUCUCUUGAGGGGCCCUUUCCUUAUAGCAGCAUCUCAGCCUUAACACAACUAGUUGAUUUGAGAAUCAGUGACUUGAAAGGUGGAGCUUAUUCUAAGUUCCCACAACUAGAGAAAAUGACAAAUCUGAAAAAAUUGCUACUUAGGAAUUGUUUGAUCCAUGGAACCAUUCCUGAGUACAUAGGGAAUAUGAAACUGGAAGCUUUAGAUCUCAGUUUCAACAAUUUUAGUGGUCGCAUCCCGCAAUCUUUUUCCCAACUACGAAAUGCAAAGUAUAUUUAUUUGACACAAAAUAAUCUUAGUGGAACGAUCCCUGAAUGGGUCUUUACAAGCACCAAGGAUGUGGACGUUUCAUAUAACCAAUUCAUAUGGGAUGCUUCUCAUCCGCACAUGUGUGCACAAGGGUUUGUGAAUAUGGUUCAAAGCCAUUCUUCCGCAAUCAAUGAUGGAACUAAUAUUCUUCCAUGUCUACGAAAAGAUUUCCCAUGUAAUAAAUCAAACGACCAAUCGUAUUCAAUGUUUAUCAACUGCGGGGGAGAAGAAGUAUAUAUCAACAACACUCUGAAAUAUAAAGAAGAUUUAGAAUCAAAACUUACGCCUUAUUACGAUGGUGGAAAUUGGGCGUUUAGCAGCACAGGAAACUUCUUAGAUGAUAGCGGUGAUGAUGUCUAUAUUAUUUCCAACACGUCUAAUCUCCACAACAUAUCCACAUCGGAUACGAAAUUAUUCAUAAAUGCACGAACAGCCGCUAUCUCUCUUACGUAUUACGGAUUGUGUCUUUUGAAUGGGAAUUAUAACCUUACCCUUUACUUUGCGGAGAUUGUUUUCUCCCAAGAUAAAUCAUACAACAGCCUCGGGAAGCGUGUAUUUGAUGUUUAUGUGCAGGGAGAGUUAAAAAUAAAAGAUUUUGAUAUAGUAAAAGAGGCUGGAGGUACCGGUAGGGCAGUUCUAAAGAAAUAUACGGUUAAUGUGCAAAAAAAUACAUUGAAGAUUCAACUUUACUGGGCUGGAAAAGGCACUACUUGCAUUCCUAAAAGAGGAAGUUAUGGUCCGAUUAUAUCCGCCAUAUCCGUUGAGCCAAAUUUUAAGCCACCAAAUUUCGGAAAAAAGACUAAAGUUGGUUUAAUAGCUGGGACUAUUGGUGGUGUGCUCUUUUUUGUAGUUUUGAUAAUUUCCAUAUUGUGGAGAAAAGGCUACAUUAUGGGAGGGAAAACUGCAGAUUCUGCAGAGCUGAGAGCUUCGGAUCUGGAAAAGAAAAAUAUUUUCACAUACAAGCAGAUACAAGCUGCAACAAAGAACUUUGAUCCAUUAAACAAGCUUGGAAAAGGGGGAUUCGGGUCUGUGUUUAAGGGCGUAUUGUUGGAUGGGACAAUAAUCGCAGUAAAACAACUAUCAGACGUGUCCAAGCAAGGAGCCCGCGAGUUUGUCAAUGAGAUUGGCAUCCUUUCAGCAGCGAGACACCCAAAUCUGAUCAGAAUUUAUGGAUGUUGUGCUGAAGGGAGCCAACUGUUAUUGAUAUAUGAGUACAUGGAAAAUAACAGCUUAUCACAUGCCCUUUUAGGGAAUGAAAAGAGAUUAAAAGCGAAGCUCACUUGGCCCGUGAGGUUUAAAAUAUGCCUGGGGAUAGCUCGAGGCUUGGUUUAUCUUCAUGAAGAAUCACAAUUGAAAAUAAUUCAUAGAGACAUUAAGGCUAGCAAUGUUUUGCUAGAUGAAGAUUUCAACGCCAAAAUAUCUGAUUUUGGCUUAGCAAAGCUUCAUGAUGACCAAAACACCCAUGUCACGACUCGUGUUGUAGGAACAAUGUUUUAUAUGGCUCCAGAGUAUGCCACUCGUGGUUACUUGACUCCUAAGGCCGAUGUUUAUGGUUUUGGAAUUGUGGCACUAAAAAUUGUUAGUGGAAUAAGCGUCUACACGGAGUUGAUGAGUGACGUGAAAGGCUAUUGCAUUAUAGAUAAGGCGCUUAUGCUGAAAGGAAGAGAUCUACUUAAAAUGGUUGAUAAAGACUUAGGGUCCGACUAUUCUUCAGAAGAAGCAUUAACGGUACUAAAUGUGGUCGUUUUAUGCUUAGAGGUGUCUGCCAUUAGACCAACCAUGUCUCAAACAUGUAACAUGCUAGAAGGAAAAUUAAACAUUAACGAUUUUCGAAGUAGCAUGCGUCCGCCUUUAGACCAACGUAUAGACAUUUCCUUAUUAUGGCCAGACUAUAAACGAAACGAUAUGGAAACCGGCGCCUCGACGAGUACUCAAUCCGUUUUCACAGAUUCCUUUCUCACGGAGGAUUUUAUUACUAAGGAUUUUAUUGCUGAGACUAUGUGUAGUGGAAGACACAAAUAAUGUCCCCCACCUUUGGCGUUUUGCGCCAUGUGCUAGUCCAGUCAGCAAUAAGACAUUAUGAGGCGUUUUUCUAAAAUGGGUGUAGUGGGGAUGUGGAUAUUGUGAGGCAUUAUGUUAAAAUGGGUGUAAUAG